CGAUUUAUUUCGAUCUAUAAUGAACAAAAAUGUCAGUUUAAACAUAACCUAUAUAAAAUUAGGCUUAUUCUUUUGAAGAAGUUUCAUCAUACAUAUUUUAAUAUUUUAUUGUGUAAUUAUAAAGUGAAAAAUGCAAGAAAUAUCUACAGUGAGGAAUAUAAUUAACAAUCGAAAUCGUGAUUGUUUAGGUUGUAGAAUUUUCAGUGGUUGUGGUCUUAUUGGUUCUGGUUUAUAUGUUGCGUAUCAUUCAAAAAAAUUUCAGAAAAAAAUUGGAAAAACCAUUAUGUACUCAAUUGGAAGCGCUUUAAUGCUCCUUGGUACUGCUCGAAUUUUGGAUCUCCCUCCAUUUCGCAAACAAUUUAACCAAGGAUGAUUAUAAACAAAUACUUAUUCAAUUUUCGUUUCUUAUAUAAAUAUUUUAAUAUCUUUUUUCUUAUCUGUUUUGAUAUUUUUAUUAUAACUGCAAAAUAUAAAUCUACAACUGUAGUUUAAACAAUUUUAAAUAUUUAUUAAAUCUAUAUAGUUACUUUUAAAAAAUCGCAUUUUCGUAUUUUUAUACAAAAUAAAAUACAUUUAAUUUAUUUAAUGUAUUUGUUUAAUUAUAAACUAUUAUGAAUAUAUAAUUUGUUUAUAAAUUAAUAAAAAUCAAUAUAAUGAAUCAAUGCAAUUUCUAUUAUAAAUAACAUAUAAACAAUUAAUUGGUUCAUUAUCAUUAAAUUAUAUUUUGAUUCUGAAUUUGAAUCUUUUAUUUGUUUUGACUAUUAUUAUAUAUUAUUAUAAUUAUUACAAAUUAUUAUUGAAAUUAAAAAUUUUUAUCGAAAAUUUAUAUCAGAAACUAUUUAACCAAUCAUGUUAUUUCUAAGAAUAUUUUUGUACAUAAUUGUCAAUAUUAUCUAUUUUAUAUUAUUGAUUACAAGUUAAUAGAAAUUGCUACAUAAAAAAAAUAAAAUAUGUAUAAAAAUUAUUUAUUGAAUUGAAUUUUCUUAUUUUAAUAAAAAGCUGAUAUUGAUAUUUAUUUAAAAA